CUGAGGGAGAGAGAGAGAAAGAGGAGGGGAGGAGGAGGAGGAUUCAGGGAGUAGGAGCUGGGGAGCCUUUCUGCGCCACAGUUCUUUCUGCUCAAGAAGUUAACUUGGUUUCUUAUGGAGAGAAGUAUAACUAUUUUAAGGUAUUUGCUUUUUUGCCAGCAUCUCAGUUGAGGGAAAGCUCAGCUGAUCUCUAUUUCUUCAUUCUUCUUUGCUUCUCAUUUGCCAGUCAAGACUUGUAUUUUGUACCGAGUCUGAAGUCAUCUUUGAUCUGUUAUAAGAGCAUGCAUUUUCAAGUGUCAGUUAGAUUUGUGGAUCAAUAAAGUUCUCUUGAAAGGUAGUCACUUUUGGCCACAUUGUCCAGUUCUCAAAAUGUAUCAUUCCUUAUCUGAAACUAGACACCCUCUGCAGCCAGAAGAACAAGAAGUGGGCAUCGAUCCCUUGUCGAAUUACUCAAACAAGACUGGAGGAGAUUCAAAUAAAAAUGGAAGAAGAAGUUCUACUUUAGAUUCUGAUGGGACUUUUAAUUCCUAUAGGAAAGAAUGGGAAGAACUAUUUGUAAACAACAAUUACUUGGCAACAAUAAGGCAGAAGGGGAUUAAUGGGCAGCUGAGAAGCAGCAGGUUCCGCAGCAUUUGCUGGAAGCUAUUUCUUUGUGUUCUUCCUCAAGAUAAAAGUCAGUGGAUAAGUAGAAUUAAAGAACUAAGAGCAUGGUAUAGCAACGUUAAAGAAAUACACAUCACAAACCCAAGGAAGGUUGUUGGCCAGCAAGAUUUGAUGAUCAAUAAUCCCCUUUCACAGGAUGAAGGGAGUCUGUGGAACAAAUUUUUUCAAGAUAAAGAACUGCGAUCAAUGAUUGAACAAGAUGUCAAAAGAACGUUUCCUGAAAUGCAGUUUUUCCAACAAGAAAAUGUGAGAAAAAUUCUUACAGAUGUUCUUUUCUGUUAUGCUAGAGAAAACGAGCAGUUGCUUUAUAAACAGGGAAUGCACGAGCUGUUAGCGCCUAUAGUCUUUAUCCUCCACUGCGACCACCAAGCUUUUCUUCAUGCCAGUGAGUCUGCCCAACCAAGUGAGGAAAUGAAAACUCUUUUGAACCCUGAGUUUCUGGAACAUGAUGCCUAUGCAAUGUUCUCACAGCUUAUGGAAACUGCUGAACCUUGGUUUUCUACUUUUGAGCAUGAUGGUCAAAAGGGGAAAGAAACACUGAUGACUCCCAUUCCCUUUGCUAGACCACAGGAUUUGGGGCCAACAAUUGCUAUUGUUACUAAAGUCAACCAGAUCCAGGAUCAUCUACUGAAGAAGCAUGAUAUUGAGCUUUAUAUGCACUUGAACAGGCUGGAAAUCGCACCACAGAUAUAUGGGUUACGAUGGGUCCGGCUACUGUUUGGACGAGAGUUCCCCCUGCAGGAUCUUCUGGUGGUCUGGGAUGCCUUGUUUGCAGAUGGCCUCAGCCUGAGUUUAGUUGAUUAUAUCUUCAUAGCCAUGUUACUCUACAUCCGAGAUGCUCUGAUCUCUAGUAACUACCAGACCUGUCUUGGCCUUCUGAUGCAUUACCCACUAAUUGGGGAUGUACAUUCAUUGAUUCUUAAGGCUCUGUUCCUUCGAGAUCCAAAGAGAAAUCCAAGACCAGUGACUUACCAAUUCCAUCCAAAUUUAGAUUAUUACAAAGCACGUGGAGCAGACCUCAUGAAUAAAAGCCGGACCAAUGCCAAAGGUGCUCCCCUGAAUAUAAAUAAAGUCUCUAAUAGCCUGAUCAAUUUUGGAAGAAAGUUGAUUUCUCCAGCAAUGACUGCCCCAGGCAGUGCGGGUGGCCCUGUACCAGCAGGUGGUGGCAGCUCUUCCGCUGCUGUGGUUCCCACCAGGACCUUAGCAGAGGUCCCCAGACAACAUUUGCAGCAGCAGCAGCAGCAGCAGCAGCAGCAGCAGCAGCAGCAGCGACUGAUGAAAUCGGAAAGCAUGCCCGUGCAAUUGAACAAAGGCGAUGUAGUUACAGGAAGCGAUGCUCAGGUUUCUGUUCCUGUCCAGACUCUAACUGACCUCCAAGGACAAAGUUCUAAAACCAUCAGUUCAUCCCCAAGCACGGAAAGUUUGCCUGGAGGAAGAGAAUUCACUGGCUCCCCACCUUCAUCUGCUACUAAAAAGGAUUCCUUUUUUAGCAACAUCUCACGUUCCCGCUCACACAGCAAAACUAUGGGCAGAAAAGAAUCUGAAGAAGAAUUAGAAGCCCAAAUUUCCUUCCUUCAAGGGCAGUUGAAUGACCUGGAUGCCAUGUGCAAAUACUGUGCAAAGGUGAUGGACACUCAUCUUGUAAAUAUUCAAGAUGUGAUAUUACAAGAAAAUUUGGAAAAAGAAGAUCAAAUUCUGGUUUCUUUGGCAGGAUUAAAACAGAUCAAAGACAUUCUAAAAGGCUCCCUGCGUUUCAACCAGAGUCAGCUGGAAGCUGAGGAGAAUGAGCAGAUCACCAUCUCAGAUGACCACUACUGCUCCAGUGGCCAAGGCCAAGAUCAGAGCCACCAAAUGCCUGGGGCCACCAAGCAGGCCUCUUCAGAAACACCAGGGAGCAUGGACAGAGGGAGCGCAGAUGACUUCAUCCUGGUCUCCAAGGAAGAUGAGGGAGGCAGUGCCAAGGGGUCCUUCUCAGGCCAGGCCCAGCCUCUUCGCACCCUCCGAAGCACCUCUGGAAGAAGCGAGCCCCUGGUUCGCUCCCCUCUGGUGUUCUCCGACCCUCUGAUGGGCCCUGCCUCAGCUUCCUCCAGCAACCCCAGUUCCAGCCCUGAUGAGGACAGCAGCAACAACAGCAAGGACUCUGGCUUCACCAUUGUGAGCCCCCUGGACAUCUGACCACAGUGCCCCUGGCCUCCUUCUUGGGGACUGGCCACCCCCCUCAGCAGCCCCUGGGCCCAGCUGAAGCUUCCCCAGUGGAGACCCCUCUGAAACCAACACUUCUUUCCCAGCAUGCCUGUGGCCUAAGUGCAACCCAUUGGAACCCUCUAGAGAGGGGCAGACGGCCACAGAGUACACAGACGGAUGUUCCCCAAAAUGCAGACAGGGCUUUCAGGGCCCUAUCCCACCCCACCUUCGCUCUGAGGUAGACGGGGGUUAAGUAUCCAGUAUCAUGCUGUCAAAAGAAGACCAAACCACAAUUCGAAUCAUUUCUCUCUAUCCCCUUCUCCCCUUCUCUGUCUCCUCUUCUCUUCUCCCCAACUAAGAAUUAGGUGUGGCAACUCCAUUAAUUAUAACUAGAAGAAGGAAGAGUUGGUUUCAAAUCUGACCUCCCUCGGAGCAUCAGGCAUAGGAAAAUUGAUAUCAAGAAGGCUUUCUCUCUGGAAAUCUCUCUCUCAGCCUAUUUCAUUCCUCCUUUAGGAAGCCAUACAGCAGAGCCAAAUACAACAGAAUGGACUAGAACUGGUGGAUUCCAGGCUAAAAAAAACCCAUCACUGACCUCUCAGAAAGUUACAGUGACCUUUAGAAACAGGGUCUAAACUUAGAGUUUUUUUCAUUUGUUAAAGAGUAUGUUUCCAAACCUCAGGCCAGAUCAACUCUGGCCAUCACUGUCCCUCCUCAGACGAUUGUAUUUCCCCCUUUAGAAUCUUUCAUGACCAGAAAACAAGGUCACAUUAAGCCAGACUUUGCUGCACUGAUUUCAGAAGUCAUAAGAAUAUUACUUCCUUGAAUUGGAAAAUGUGAUCCUGACUGUGGAACAGACAUCUCCCAGAUGGUCUGUUUUCUGGUGUAGUUUCUCUAGUUUCGGCGCUGGAAUACACCGGUCAACCUGUCAACUGAGAAGUAAAGGGAAAAACCCAAGCUCAUUCCCAUCCACAGUCAGGACCUCCCAUUGGCCUUAAAGUAGCAGUCGCGGGGUAUUUGACCUGGAUUCCCUUCUAGGGGAGCAGGGCUUCCCACAGAAUGCUCCGGAAGUCAGGAAUACGUGGGACUUGUGCACAGCCCUUCCCUCGUUGGGGCAGAGGAGCUGCAGGGCCCAGGGUCAGUUGUGCACCACGUCCAAGGCACCACCGCUGGGGUGGGAGCAGCUCUGACCGGCCCGGUGCCUUCCUGGGCUUCGGCACACAAUAGAGAUUUGCCCUUUUCAACUGGCAGCUUGUGGAAUCUUGCUGGGCAGAAAGCAUCAUAUGAGCUGUUUCUCUCCUUAAGAAGAAAGGGCCCAGAGAGGCCCCUUUCCCUGUCCUUUGUGUAAGCCGGACUUCUAACAGGAUAGCUGCAGUGUCUGCCCUGCAGUGACAGGUACCCAGGCCUUCCCCUCGGAGGAGGGCAAGGCCUCAGGGCGGUGGAAGCUUUCAUGUGAACCAGUGAAAGACUAGACACUGUUUACAGUCCUUCCCGCUGCUCACCUUGUGUUUCUCUGCAGACUGUGUGACAGUGACCCGAUUCCCCACGUGCUCUCCAAGAAAGCAGUGAUGGCUGGGAGUCAGCUACUGUAGAGGGUUCCAGAUAGCUCUGCAGUUUGUCCUCAGACUCUAACAGGAGAACCUGUGAACACGUGAGCAUGGGAGAGGAGCACCAACUCUGCUUUUGCUCAGGUGACAGGGUUGUUGGGCCUUCCAUGCUUACUCAGAGUCAAGCUGAUGAGCUCUCCGGCUCCCCUGUGGAGUGGCCUCCUUAGCACCCCCUGGCAGUGACUCACGGGGUAAGUUACUGCCCUGCGUGGGUCACCUUGACCCCACUUUGUGUGCUCCCAAGGUCCCCAUGCAGUGUCUGGCCUUGCAGCUGCACACGGUUGCCAUUAUUUUUCCCUCAGAGAACCUGUUCGGGGCGUUGUCAGUGUUUUCAGUUCUAAGAAGUGUGGGGCUGCCCCCGUCAGGGCUCCCAAGACACAAGUAGAAAGGGCCAUGUAGAUGUUUGUCCCCUGGGCAGUGGGUCCCAGUCCCCUGCUUUGCCCUGAGAGCUAGAGUCCUGAUAGUCCAGCGUCAUUGGGCCCACAGUGGCCACCAGACACCCACCUCCCCGACAAGGCUCUAGGCUCCUUGCCUGCAGUUGGCUGGGUGGUCAGCGGUCCUCGAAAACUCCCAGCCCUCCAGCACACAAGGGGCAGGUCCUCCAUUCUGUGCUUCCACGUUGGUGCCACGUGAGAACCGAGGGGGUCUCUCAGAGGCUUUGCUUCUCUGGUCCCCAACGAGCCACUCCCUCCUUGAAAGAAAGUAACAUGAGGGUGUGGGAGUGAGAGGUGGGCAGUGCCACUCUCAAAUUCCCAUAGUCCGUGGGGUUUGAGGGUUGUUCUUACUCUCUUAAUCUUUUCAAGUGACUUGUUUUUAUUCUUCAUAGUUGAACAUUGUUUGCAUUUUUAUUAGUUAUAGUGCUGUUAAAGAAUGUGGGUUUUUUUAUUAUUUUAUCAAGUACUUAUGUUUAAGUGCACAUUUUUUAAAGUCCUGAAUAUUUGAAAUCUUUUGUUUUCCUUUAACAAAUAUAAUCAGUGGAGCCCUCUCAUGUUUUGAUUAUUAGCAGUUAAAUAUAUUUUAUAUAUAUAAAGCUUAGAUGAAUUUUUGUUGUCCUCCAGUUUUUUAAUGCAGGUACCUGUGUCUCAUGCAUUCCUCUGUUACCAGUUUGGAAAUUUGAGUUAAAAUUUACCUCUACAUUGUAUAUGAAAGAUACAGAUUGGAGAAGAAAAUCAUUAUGACUUUGCCUUACCUUUUGUAUAUGCCAAGGGGUCAUAAAACACUUCAAGCGUUUAAUUAUACUGAAUUAUUCUUCCAAAGUUGACCUCCUUCUAAUGCUCACUGCUACCUGCAGUCUGUAAGAGAUAGUAUCACUGCAAAAUGAGCGUGACUAAAAAUAAACCAAGGCCUCCCUGGGCGUUGCCUUCUCUGCAUCUGAGUUCAGCCCCAUGCACCGGUCCUUUGGGUCUGAUUGCCCACCACGAACACGAAUGAUGCCUCCACUUUGUCAGAGACGAGGAGCAGACAUAACGCUCAGUGGCAGUUAUACGGUCUGCUAAGGAUAGAUAACCUGUCAGAGUCAACUCAGAGUUCCUAUUUUUGUUUUUAUUGUUUCUUUAAGAAGCUGCCCGCUGGGGUCGUUAUAGAACCAGAGUUGGGGGAAGCGGGAGGUACACAUAGGCCCUCUGGGUCGCUGUCCCAUGGAGGCCCACUGGGCCAUUCCACCCCCUCUCCUGUAGGUACACACCUGGCCCUGGCCCUGAGUGUCCAGAGCAGGGACACUGGGCGGUUGCAGGCGGGGAGAGGAGGCCAGGAUGAACAAGGACAGCUCCUGGCAAGCGGGGCCCCCUUCUCACAGGCCAUUACUGCUUGCCCAUGUUAACUUUCAGAAGCUCUCUUUUUAUAGUGUUAAAAAGAAAUAAAAAGUUCCUGUAAACAGGCUUGAGACCACUUUGAUGUAGAAGUUGUCAUAAUAAUUUGUCUCACGAUGGCACAAUUCAUUUGACUUACGGAAUAUCAUGUUGUGCCAUUUAUAUCCUAUUGCUUUGUUCUCAUUCAUCUUUAUGCUGUAACUCAUCCUGACUUAAGAAAUGACCUCGCCUUUUGGCAAAGUGAUCCCAUUCAAUACGGUAAUAAUAAAAGACUAAUGUGAAA